AUGAAUCCCACUGAAGUCGAUGGUGGUAUCGAUCCAGCCGUAGCCGAAGAAUGGAUCAAGUCUCUCGAAGUAAUUUACGACUAUAUGCAAAUGGCCAACCGUGAUCGAGUGCAUUGCGCCAUAUUCCUACUCCGGAAUGAGGCUCGUCAUUGGUGGGAAGGGAUCAAAGAAGGGACAAAUCUCAAAAAUCUUCAAUGGUCCGAAUUCAAAGUCCAAUUGUUCGAAAAAUAUUUCUCGAAAGAUUUACGAGCUCACAAACUCAAAGAAUCCCUCGAACUCCGUCAAGGAGACUUACCAAUGAUCGAAUACAUCCGUCGUUUCGAGCGUGGCUGCCUUUACGCACCAUUCAUUGCUCGAGACGCCGAGGAAAAGAAUAAUCAUUUCAUCCGUGGUUUACAACCCGAGAUCCGUAGAGAUAUCUGUAUGUGCGAAGAUUCAACUUUGCAACAAUUAGUGGACAAGGUCCUCAUGGCUGCCCAAGACAAGCAAGAAUUUUAA